AAAAGGAAAGAGAAAAAGAAAAAAAGAUACAAAUUAAAGUGCUCCCUCAACCUUCUCAUCCUCCAUUGAAAUCUCCCUUUCAAGUUUUCCUUCAUCUCCUCCACACAAAAUCAAAACUCCAAAAACCUUCACUCCUCCAUAAGAGCAUGCUCAAAAAUUCCUCCAUGAAAAUUUCCCACUAGAGCUUCUUCUUCUUCUUCUUCUUCUUCCCUCAAAAGGGUUUCUGUGUUUCUUCUCCAUAUCAAAAUAUAAGACCUCAAAUUACACAAAUGAUGGCUGGAAACCCUAAUUGGUGGGCCAUAUUUCCACCUUCUUCUUCUUCUUCUUCUUCUUCUCUUUUUCCCCCUCAGUUUCCUUCUAAUUUCUCUGAUCACCUUCACCCUCACUCAUGGAGCCAACUCCUUUUAGGUGAUGAAGAUAGGGUUAUUAAUAACCAAACCCAGAUGGGUCAUUAUCAGCCAAAAAAUUUGGAGAAUUGGGAGGACCAAAUAUUGAAUAAUAACCAUAAUCAAUCCCCUAAUUUUGUUGAUAUUGUUAAGCAAGAAGUCUCCAACAACAGGGAUCAGUCUCUAAUUCUUCAGCCUGACUCUACUUUAACUUCUUCUUCUUCUCACUCCAACAAAUUCCUAAACUUUACUUACAAUAAUUCCAACCCAGAUCACAACAUCAAUCAAUCUGCCUCACAACACUCCCCAGAGUCUAACCGGUCCGCCGCCUCCGGUGGAGCGUGUAAGAAGGCUAGGGUUCACCCGCCGUCUUCCAGCCAGCCACCUCUGAAGGUGAGGAAGGAGAAACUUGUGGAUCGAAUAACCGCUCUUCACCAAAUUGUUUCCCCAUUUGGAAAGGCUCUUAGUUACCCUUAUCUGCGCAGCAGUGCUCCAAAAGAUCUCAGAAACUCACAACAACCCGCUCUUUUGAACGACUCGUGUCCCAGGAGAAAAGCCACCCUCAACCAGGGAGAGGAAAUGAUGAACCAAGAGAAGCCAUUGAAGCCAUUGAAGGACCUGAGGAGCAGAGGGUUAUGUUUGGUACCAGUUUCAUGCACACAGCUUGUUGGAGGAGACAACAAUGGAGCUGCCUACUGGGCUCCUGCCUACAGCACUGGCUUUUGAAAUAUUCUAAUAAUUUCCAAACCAAGAAGAAGGCAGCCAUUGAAGACCCCAUCAAAAGCUUGCCAAAUUAAUGCCAUUAUUAAUUAUGAUUAGCAUAUAUAACAUCAUGACCAGUCACCCCUAAGUGCAAAACCCUCCAUGGCUGUGACUGCUCAAGAUGCUAUAUAAUAAUAUAUAUACCAUCUUAUUCAUGUAAGGUUUUAAAUUAAUCAUAAUCUUAUAUUAUUGCAGCCUCUUUUUUGUUUUCUUUUGUUUAAUAAACAUUGUCAUUAGGGCUUAAUUAAUUAAUUUUCUCUUUUGAGCUGUAACCCACCAGAUGUAUAGGGCAAAGUUUCAAAAUAACACAAAGUUAUAUUGUGUGGACAAAAGAUAUAUGAUUCACUCUUAUCUUAUCUAUGCUUCA